CCCGCGGUGCUCAGAGAUCACUGCUCAGGCAUCACUUGCCGUGCGCAAGCAAACCUACACACUCUCUCCAGCCCCAGGUUUUACUCCUGAGGCAAUGAAGAGUGUCAAAGGAUUUUUUAAGCAGCCAGACACCAUCAUGUUAUUUUUGGGUAGGAGGGAGGGGAGACAAUCUAGAGGUGCAGAAAGGUGAACUGAAAUUCAGGAUGAGAUUUCUCUAGUUUCCUGUGGUCUUUCGUUUGAUCCUACAGUCAGCGCCUUUGGUAUCUCCUGGGACAAUAAACAGACGACUGAACUCAGGAGAUAUGAUGUGAUGGGGGUGCUGUGCGUGUGUGGGUGGGUGCAGGUGGUAAAGAGAAAAUAUCUACCUUCCAAUCAGUUCUGCUGUGAGCCAAGAUUGCUUUUUUAAAAGUCUUAAGGAAUAAAAAAAUACCACACACACCAAAAAUAUCUUGAAGGGCCACUCAGGGUAGCAAAAGUGCUGGCAGUAUGAAGUCAUAUUGCCAUAUUUCAGUUCCGACUCAGUUUCUUUCUAGAAAAGAAAAAAUAAAGCAAAAAAAAAAAAAAACCCGGGGUUUUGGACCAUAUCUGGCAGUGUUCAAGAGCUUUUCCUGGCUCUGUGCUAAGGAGUGAUCUCUAGCAAUGCCCAGGGAUCAUCUGUGGUACCAAGGGACUAGAGGUCAACCAGAUGCAAGGAAAGAAAGAGAAAGGGCCAACCCCAGAAGAGGCAAUUCAGAAACUGAAGGAGACAGAGGAGAUUCUGAUCAAGAAACAGGAGUUUCUGGAGCAGAAGAUUCAACAGGAACUACAGACAGCCAAGAAGCAUGGGACCAAGAAUAAGCGAGCUGCCCUGCAGGCUCUUCGGAGGAAGAAAAGGUUGGAACAGCAGCUGGCACAAACUGAUGGGACAUUAUCUACCCUGGAGUUUCAGCGUGAAGCCAUUGAAAAUGCCACCACCAACACCGAAGUCCUUCGUACCAUGGAACUUGCUGCCAAAGGCAUGAAGAAGGCCUACCAGGACAUGGACAUCGACAAGGUGGAUGAACUGAUGGCUGACAUCACAGAGCAGCAGGAAGUGGCUCAGCAGAUCUCAGAUGCCAUUUCUCGGCCUGUGGGCUUUGGAGAUGAUGUGGAUGAGGACGAACUGUUGGAGGAGCUAGAAUUGCUGGAGCAGGAAGUAUUGGACCAGGAGUUGUUAAAUGUGGGUGACAAGGAAGAAGAACCGUCAGUCAAGCUACCCGACGUUCCCUCUCGUAGUCUCCCGGCUGAACCAGCUUCCAAAGCAGAUGAAGAUGAAGAACUAAAGCAGUUGACAGAGUGGGUAUCCUGAUGAAUCUGGGCCCGUCUUUCCUCACGCUGCCUUCAUUGGUCUCUUAUCCUAAAGUGCCAAGUGAACUCAAGGAACUGAGCUAAAGAAAAAUUAGCCUUUCUGGGAGGUGCUGGGGGUGGUAGGGUAACUGCCACCCCUGCUCAACUUUGGAGGAGUCUGGACUCCCUACUCUCUGGUAGCUGUUACAGUGCUCUUGUUCCCAAUAAAAAUGGACAAGUAGAA